CCGACGGUCCCCAUCCACCCUGACAGAGCCUGAGAGGAUCUGCAGAGAAGAAAAUCCCCAAAUCCAGGAGUGUAAACCUUGUGACCUCAUCCCUAAGAAGACUGGAGGCUGGAAUCACUGCCAAAGGGGCUUCACCUUCACUUGAGUAAAGGGAAUUCAGCCAAUGGCGUCAGAGCAGAAACUACCGAGCACCGAUGAGAACCAGUCCAGUGCCACCACUGCAACCAGCAUAGACACCAUCCACCCUUCACAUGACAGUAAACAACCCAGCAGCUGUGCUUCUGAUAACGGCCUCCAGGGGGAGCCAGAGACACAUCCUGUCACAACCUCACCUGAGGAUAGGAGAGAACAGGUAGAGGGAACAAGUGAAGGGUAUGGGGGGAUUACAGGAGGAGAACAGGUAGGGGGAGACGGAGCUGGAAAGGAGGAGAAGACUACAGAAGAGAAGGUGACUUGUGACGACGCACCUCACCAGGUGACUGAUAAAGGGGCUUUAGGGAAUGAGGAGGAAGUACCUGUAGGAAUAUUGGUGUCAGUGGAGGAAAGCAGCCCAUUGGAGGAGGGAGCAGACCAACCGGCACAGGUGACGGGUGAGGAGACAGAAGAGCUAGGAACAAGAGGACAGACAACAGGAGACAAGGAAGAACCACAAGAGACCAGAACACAGGAGACAGGUGAAGAGACUGAGGAGAAAGGAACAGGUGAUGAGAAAGAGGAACAGGAUAAAACUGAAGAGACAUGUCCUCAAAGUACAGGUGAGGGGACAGGCCCCCAAAAUAAAGAUGAAGAGAGUGCUCCACAAGUCACCAUUCCUGAGAUAAGUGAGCCUCAAGGAUCAGACGAGGAGAGUGCUCCUCAGGUGACUGACACAGGUGUGGACCAGAAUGCACAGAUGUCUAGUGCAGGUGAGAAGUGGAUAGACAUGAUGGUCCACACUAUAGUGACUGAAGUGACAGGUGACGGGGUCUGUACAGGUGAACAAGAAGCAGAUGUGGAGGCUGCAGAUUCCAUAACAGUGAUGAAAGAGGGUGAGGAACAUUCCUCUAUACAAGAGACAGGAACAAUGACAGGUGAACAGGUGACAUUACAGGGAGCAGGUGCAGCCGUACAGGUGACUACAGACGGAGAAGUGUCUACAUACAACACAGACAUAGCUCUACAGGUGAGGGCUGAGGACGCAGGAGCAGAACAGGUGACUGGAGGAACAGCAGGUAUAGACACGCAGGUAGAAGAGACAGCUUCACACAGGGAAGACUCAGCAGGUGCACAGGUGACUGCCACAGCCGAGGAAGUACUGGAGGAAGUAAGAAGAGACUUGGAAGCCGGUGGACAGGUUAUAGCCUCAGGAGCGGAAGCAGACAGGGAAGUGACACCUGAUCUGAACGCACUCCCUGGCAGGGAGGAGAUCAUAGACCCAGACCAGCCAGUAGCAUGCCGGGAGAAGGAGUGGCCGUCUCUUAUUUGCACUGCCAGUGAGGUAAGAACAGUCACAGAAGAGCAGGGAGACUCACAGCAAGGGUCAGUUACACCUAAGGAACCUUCUGCCGAGACAUCUGACAUGAAGGAAAGGGAAAUUGGAGAAGAUGUGUAUACUGCGAACCCCGAAACCCCCAUAGAGCGCGAGAUCCGCCUGACCAUGGAAAGAGAGAUGACUCUACGUCAAGAGAGGGGCAUCAGCUCCCCUGUUGGGAAUCCAGAGUUCGUCGAGGUGCGGAGAAGGACAAUAUCGGUGGAGCCGGCGGCAGUUUUUGGCAAAGAACGUCAGCUGGCAGGGGUACAGAUGCAGAGGGAGAUCCAGCUGGAGACCCAGAGAGAGCGAGACUUGGUGGAGCUGGGCAAAGUGAUGGGAACCUAUGACCGUGGGCCUCAGCAAGAGCUGCAGGAAAGGAAAAUGAUCUUUGAGAGCAUGAACACAGAGCCAUCCGACGUUCCCAUAAAGAAGAAGCAAAGUGAGUCCCAGCAGCAACCAACGCCUCAGGAAGCUCCUCCAUCAAACAUCCCUGAAUCAACCAACCAUGUGCUUCCUGCAAGAGAGACCAAGAAGGGGCCUUCAUAUACUGAGGCCAAUGGCAGCAAUGUUAUCAUCAUAGAGCACAGCAAUAUGCUUAGAAGGUCUGUUUUAGGGAAUGCCUCUAGCUCCGCCCCUGCUGAUUCCCGUCGCUCCACCCCAGCUGAUUACUACCGCUCCGCCCCCGCGGAUUCCAGCCGAUCCACCCCUGCUGAGACCUCCCGCACAAACUGGUCAGGAUCUCCUCUCCCUAACUCUGCUGACUCCCCCGUUCCUCCUGGAAGCCCUUACCAGCUGCUCCGAUCACCAAGUCCACGCUCCCUGCUGGAGCAAGAAAUAGAAGAGGUGAAAGAGAGAGAGCGGGAACUUCAGAGGCAAAGAAGUAGUAUAUAUGGGCGGGACGACAGUGCUAGGGAGACCACACAGAAGAAACAAGAGGUCACUUCUGAUGUCCAAAGUGUCUACCAACCAGAGCGUCCAAAUUGGAGGAAGUUAGAGGUUAACUGGCCACCGAACAAAGAGGCUGCGCAGAAUGGACAACAACAGGUUUCGGACAGUCCGCGCUCCCGGCCGCAGCGUAUUGCUCUCAUCAAGAGCUGGGAAUCUGGAACCCCCAAUCCAAAGGAUGAUGAAUAAGGAGAGAAGUCCUGAAACAGAACUUAUGAUCCGUGGCUGAGACUUACUAAUGUCUCCUCUCUAUACGUGGAGUACCAGACUGCCAUCUUCCUCCUUGUCACCUCCCAUUUCAAUGCUUCAGAUGUCAUCCUAACUACUGACUGUGCCUCCUGCAUCACAUGAUCAGUAUCUAAUCUGCCAAUCAGCUUUUGUAACCCGUA